AUGUUCACUAAUCGCAUGAACUCGACCUCCUCGCCGACGCUCAGAUAUCUUGUCAUCUGGCUCACCUUCCUCGCCGCCGCGAACAUGCUGAUCAUCCUUGGCCUGAUCCGCGCCUUCACGGGCCUCAUUCCCCCCGAGAAGGAGUACACCUACGUCGGGAACGACUUCCCCGCGCAACUCCCGCUCGAGCUUCCUCCCGCCGCGCUCGUCCUCUCCUCCGACACCACCCACUUCUCCCUGUUCGCCGACGACGACUGGGGCACACUCUUUCCGCUCUCCGACGGCUUCACCACGCUCCGCGCACCCGGGUCUCCGAACGCGCGCGGGCGGACGUUCCUAGUCUCGAUGGUGCACCAGCUGCACUGCCUGGACGUCCUCCGCGUCGCGUUCGUGACGAACCGCACCGGGGCGGCGCACCACGUCGAGCACUGCCUGCGGUACCUGCGCCAGACGGUGCUCUGCCACGCGGACACGACGCUCGAGCCGGACGAGCCGGGGGUGCGCGAUGGACGGUGGGAGCAUGCGGCGAGCGGGGUCGGCGCGGUGCAUCGGUGCAGGGACUGGACGGUGCUGCGGAGGUGGUUGGACGAACAUCCGGCGGAGCCUAUCGAGACAACCACAAGUUACCAGGAUGUCACCGGCGGCAUUCAAACUGUAUUCAGCUUCUGUCGUGGCUCGACGGACGCACCUGCAGCUGGCAGCGCCCGCAAGCCCCCGGACGCUGAUUUCCCGCCCCAGUAUCCACCGAAGAGCGGCGGCAUGUUCCUUCUGAAGAUGGGCGUCGCCAUGCUCCUGCUCGUAAACCUACUCGUAUGGGUCUUCGCGAUCACACGGCUCCGCUGCGUCGCGGGGGUCAUCGCGGGCUCGCUGGAAACGAUCGACACUCGUCUGUUGCCCCGGCCGGAUUCACUCGGCGGCUUGUUGCUCGCGACGGAGGAGACGUCGGCCGGUCGUUGA